AGACGGACCCAUCAUGUCCGACAAACCAGAUUUUGCAGAAAUUGAAACAUUUGACAAGACCAAGCUGAAGAAGACAGAAACCAGAGAGAAAAAUCCAUUGCCCACUAAAGAAACUAUCGAACAGGAAAAGCAAAGUGAAAGUACAGCCUAAGCAUAAAAUUGAAGAUGUGACUACUGCUUCUUCAGUGGGGUUUUGGCUUCAAAGUUGGGUUGUUUUGUUUUGUCCCCCCCAUCCCAUGUUUUUUUCCCAUUUAUUUUAGCAAACAUUUGCUCAUUUAAUGUUCCCUGGGGAAGAAGUUUGUUUUGUGUUUGUUGAACAAGAUACUAUGUAUUUGUAUUCUUAAAACAUCAUAUUCCAAGUUCUGUAUCAACCCCAUUACUUGCCUAAAAAAGCAAUUUGCAUAAAAA